AUGGCCGGCACGUGGCGCAUCUUGCGAGGCGGCGCCAUCGACGAUUCCAUCAUCACCAAAGUCACUGACCAGCACAUAUACUUCGUCGUCAACGCCGGCGGUAGGGACAAGGACCUCGCCCACAUCGAGGCGCACGUGGAGGUCUUCAACAAGAAGGGCGGAUAUGUCAAGUGGCACAUCCACGAUGAGCACACGCUGCUCGCAUUGCAGGAGCAGGACCUCGAUGGAAAUAAGGUUGUCAAAGAAGUGAUUUUUGGCCCAGGGGAGAAAAUGUAUCGUUACUGCAAGCACAUCUGAAAGCAACGCCUCCCAAACCUGUCUAACGACCUAAUGAAGAAGAGAAAACAUUUCAUAUCGAUACGCAGCCCUCUAAAUGUACUGGUAUCUAUCACUUUUUUUUUUGUCUAGCAUCACAUGCAGCUUGCCAUAUUCUUCGGUUGCACAGUUUCUAUUUUUUUGUAGCACAUCCGCAGAAAGGAAACCCAUUAUGCUUUCCAAAUUAUUUUGCUUUAGCAGAGUUUGCAUAUUUUAUAGUGUACCUAAUACCUCCUGGCUACCACUAAUAACACUUGAUUCCAUAUACCCAGAAAUCUUUAAAUAAAGUCAUUUCACCAUCCUUCUUGGAGCUUUGUAUAGGCGAGCUUGUCUCAAUAUACAGUGAAUUAUGUGAAAUUGGGAAGGCACCUCCUGUGAUAGAUGCAGAUGACCUGCAACAAGAACCUGAGGUAAAUCUACAAUUAGUUAAUGCUUUCAGUUUAUCAGAGUGACAAUUUAUGAAUGUAGUCUAAGAAUAAUAGAUACCAUCUUCCAUGAUGUGGUGUAGCAAGCUUC